GGCAUAUUGGCGCUGAUUGCAAAAGAAGACGAUGGACGACUGCAAGAACUACGUCGUGACGGCGCAGAAGCCGACGAGUGUCACGCAUUCGUGCGUGGGUAACUUCACGGGCAGCAGCGAUACCAACUUGAUCCUUGGGAAGAGCACUCGUGUGGAGAUCCAUUUGCUCACGACGGAAGGGUUGACUCCGUUGCACGAUGUACCGAUCUAUGGCCGAAUCACGAUCUUGGAGCUGUUCCGACCAUCUUUGUCGGCAGUGGAUCUUCUCUUUUUGUGUACACAACGAUACCAAUUCUGCGUGCUCGAGUACGACAGAGCGACGAGAACAGUCGUGACCAAGGCGCAUGGCAACAUUCGCGACAGCGUUGGGCGCAUGAGUGAAGUCAUAACGGGUGGAAACAUCGACCCUGAAGGACGUCUCCUUGGCAUGAACCUUUACGAAGGUUACUUCAAAGUCAUUCCUAUGGACGGUCAUGGCAAAGUGUCGGACACGUUUAACAUCCGCCUGGACGAACUUCGCGUUAUUGACGUCAAGUUUCUGUACGGCUGCUCGAAGCCGACGAUUUGCGUGCUUUACGAAGACCACCGAGCGGCGCGCCACGUCAAGACGUACGUGAUCUUGACCAAGGAGAAAGAGUUUGCCGACGGGCCAUGGAGCCAAAACAACGUCGAAGCGGGCGCGUCGCUCUUGAUUCCUGUCCCGUCGCCGUUCGGCGGCGUCUUGAUUGUGAGCCAGCAAAUGAUUGUGUACCACAACGGGAACACGUGCCAUGCCAUCGACAUGCAGCCGACCGUAAUUCAGGUGUACGGGCAGGUCGACAAAGGCGGAUCACGCUUCCUACUGGCGGACCAGUUCGGGCUGCUCCAAGUCGUCGUGCUGCAGCACACGGGGAAAGACGUGACAGGCAUCUCUCUCGACGUGCUCGGCGAAACGUCGAUCGCGUCGACGCUGUCGUACUUGGACAAUGGAGUUGUGUUUGUCGGUAGUUCGUUCGGGGACUCGCAACUAGUCAAGCUCCACCCGACGCGCGACCCCACGACCAACUCGUACCUGGAGGUGCUCGACAGCUACACAAAUGUGGGUCCUAUCGUCGACUUCGUCGUGAUGGAUUUGGAUCGUCAAGGCCAAGGACAGAUCGUCGCGUGCAGUGGCGCGUACAAGGACGGGUCCCUCCGCAUCAUCCGCAACGGCAUCGGCAUCAACGAACUGGCCGGGACCGACCUGCCUGGGAUCAAGGGCAUGUGGCCUCUGCGUCCAACAUUUGCCGCCGAGCAAGACACGCUCCUCGUGCAGAGUUUUGUCAACGAAGUGCGCGUCCUUGGCUUCGCAACGGUCGACAACGACGUAGAGCUCGCGGAACAGGAAGUUCCAGGGCUGGCCAACUCGAAGACACUCAUCUGCCGCAACGUCGUGGGGGACCACUGGCUGCAAGUGACCGAGCGCGAGAUUCGUCUGAUAUCCGCCGCCACGUUGCAGUGUGCAGCGUCGUGGAGCCCAUCCGCGUCGCAGCGCAUCACGGUGGCAGCGGCCAACCCGACACAAGUCAUUGUGGCUCUCUCGGGCGGUGUUUUGGUGUACUUCGAGAUUGCUGGCCAAGCCAACAGUCUCGUGCAGAAAGCUCAAACGAAACUCGCGCACGAAAUUGCGUGCCUCGACAUCACGCCCUUGGUCGGCGACACCAAACCAGCACCCGACACCCACUGGGAAACCCAAGCGCUCGCCACGACCCGCUGCGUCGUCGGGCUGUGGUCGGACUUGUCUGUAUCGCUGUACCACCUACCCGACCUCCGCCUGGAAACAACAGUGCUGCUGGGCGGCGACGUGUUGCCUCGAUCGCUCCUGUCCAUUCGUUUCCACGACCAGCCGUAUGUCCUCGUAGGGAUGGGCGACGGUACGUUGUACACGUACGUUCUCGACAUGGACGCAUCGACGGCGGCGGUGACCUUAACCAACAAGAAGAAGAUCAGCCUCGGCGCGCAGCCCAUUUUGCUGAGCGCGUUCCGGUCCAAAGACGUCACGCACGUGUUUGCUGCGUCCGACCGCCCCACCGUUCUCUACUCGCAGCACGGCAAGCUGCUCUUUUCCAACGUGAAUGUGAAACAAGUGAACGCGAUGUGCUCGUUCAACUCAGCGGCGCUCCCGGAUUGCUUGGCGCUGGCGUCGGCGGAAGACUUGACCAUCGGCACGAUCGACAACAUCCAGAAACUCCAUGUUCAAACCGUGCCUCUCCAUGAAUGGCCACGGCGGCUCGCGCAUGAUCCUAUAUCACACACUCUCGCGGUGUGCACGGUCAAGUACUCGCUGGACGCAGACAACAAUCACGUGGACGAGAUGGAAGUGAGCUUUGUCCGGCUCCUGGACGACCAGUCCUUCGACACGCUGCACUCGUAUCGGCUGGACCCGUUCGAGUCGGCGUGCUCGAUCGUGCACUUGACCUUUGACGGCCACCCGUACUACGUCGUAGGGACGGCGUACGUCCACGAGGAAGAGAACGAGCCGCACCAGGGCCGCAUCCUUGUGCUGUCGGUCGUUCAGGCGAAGCUCGUGCUCGUGGCGGAGAAGGAGGUGAAGGGGGCCGUCUAUUGCUUGAAUGCGUUCCAGGGCAAACUCUUGGCCGGGAUCAACAGCAAGACGACUCUGUUCAAGUGGAGCGAGAACGCCGAAGACGCGGACAAGGAACUCGUCGCUGAGUGCGGUCACCACGGCCACACGCUAGUGCUCUACAUGGAAAGCCGAGGCGACUUUGUCGCGAUCGGGGACUUGAUGAAGUCGAUCUCGUUGCUCAACUACAAGGCAUUGGACGGGAGCUUGGAGGAAAUCGCGAAGGAUCUGAACUCGAACUGGAUGACAGCGGUGGAAAUCCUUGACGACGACCACAUCAUCGGGAGCGAGACGGACUUUAAUUUAUUCUGUGUCGAGCGACAAAGUGGCGCCACCACCGACGAAGAGCGCAGCCGCCUUGAUUGCAUCUCCGAGUACCACGUUGGCGAGUUCGUCAACCGGUUCCGUCACGGCAGUCUGGUCAUGCAAGGGAUGAGUGCAACGUCGACACAACGGUCGCCCAUCCUCUUUGGGACUGUCAGCGGCAUGAUUGGGUGCAUCUUGCCACUGGACAACACUCAGUAUGCGUUUUUGCGCCGUGUUGAAGCGGCACUCAACCACGUGAUCAAGGGUAUUGGAGGGCUGCAGCACAAAGAAUGGCGCAUGUACGAAAGCAAGCGUACCGUGAGCGAGGCCCGCGGGUUUAUUGACGGCGACUUGAUCGAAGGCUACCUCGACCUCACCAAGCCCCACCAGCAAAAGACUGUUGACUUGCUGAACGUCGACGGCGCCAUGGACGGUCAGCCGCCUGUGACCGUCGAAGAGCUCACAUCUGUCGUGGAAGCGCUGGUGCAGCGACACUAACUGUCCUUAGUACACUCGUCGCUCCUCCAUGCCAUGUUGCAUCGUCAAACGAAAG